AUGGCCGGUUAUACAGCGCGUCUGAAGAAGGUCCUGAUCGUGACAGCGCCACUGUGGUUCAAAGCACUCAUUAAGAUCCUGCGUCUAUUCGUGCGAAAGAAGCUGCGCGAGCGAGUGUUCACUGUAUCGGUGCCUCAAUUGGCGCUGCCCCUUCACUUGGGUGGCACGCUGGAGGUCGAUCACGACACAUCGUUGCUCAGCUGA